AUGCCAGAGGUAGUUCCCUUCGAAGAUGAUGAUCUGUUGUUAGAAUUGAUGGAUCGAUACAAGCCUCAUUUAAAACCAUAUGCAUAUAGACUACAGACUUGGUCACAGGUUUUAGAAGAAUAUAAUGCAUUAACUGAUAAUCACUACCGUCAGACACGUACUUUAAAGAAGAAAUUUGAGAGGCUUAAGGAAUUGUACGAAUACGAUGCCACUAAAAUCAAAAUUUCUGAUAUGAAAAGAUUGGAGAGGUUGGUAAGUGAAGCUGAUCAAAUUGGAAAGAGAACACAUACUGAUAGACCUCUAAAAGUACGACAACAGCAACCACAGCAGCAACCACAGCAGCAGCAGCAGCAGCAGCAGCAACCACAAAUAAGUACAGAACCAAAUUUUCCUAGUACCAAUGUACAAGAUGAUGCAGGGAAUAGUAGUGACAAUUCUCAACCACCGCCCUUAGAUUCCAUAAUAGUUGGAUUUCCUCAUAAUGUAUCUAGUCCUCAUCGAUCAAUUACGGCAUCUGCAUCUGCAAAUGCUAGCUUAUUUGAUAAUUCACCUCAUGAUCCGAUUCCUCCUCCUCCACCACCACCUGCUCCAUCAGCCUCUCCACAAAGAAGUCAACAUCAACCGCAGCGUCACUCUGAUGAUUUACACCAUCGCAAUAUGGAGAUACUAGAUAAACUUUUCGACCCAGCCAUAACUUCCCCAAGAGAACCAAUCAGUAAUCCUAGUGGUAAUGCUAGUAGUGAUAACAGGAUCUUGGAAAAUAUUUAUUUGGAAUUUAGAGAGUACAAGAAAUCUCAAGAAGAAUUCCAGAAGAAAUUGCUUCAUAAAUUAGAUUUGUUAACGGAAGCGAUUAAUAAAGGAUAA